AUGAAACGACGACGGAGGAGGAGCCGCGUGAAUAUACUCGCAUUCCGGAAUCACGCGCUCUUUUGUCCCCUCGACGACCGUUCCUUCUUGUUCGCCGUCGCACGUUAGGGACUCUUAGAUGUUUCUGCGACAUCGAUAGCCCGCAGAUUGGGUUACAUCGGGCAUGUGAUUCUGGUUCGGCGUUCAGGUUGGGACUUUGAACAGAUUGAUGCGAUUUUGAAGCUUGACCUCAGCUUUGAACAGAUUGAUCUUAUUUUGAAGCUUGACCUCAGCUUUGAACAGAUUGAUCAUUGA